UAUAAAACAUUUUUUUGCCUAUAAAUACAGCCUUUGACACCAUUACAUACAUGAUUAUCCCUGAUCAACUCCAGAAAACUAAUCGAAGCCCAAAACAGCUAUCAGUGAGUAAGAGAGAUCGAGGGAAAUGAUCAAUUCCAAUUCUGCAAUCCUCAUUAUCAAGCUGUUGCUAGCACAAUAUCUAGCAAUUGGUUGUGUUUCUCAGGCUUUCGAUUUCUUCUACUUUGUGCAACAGUGGCCAGGAUCAUACUGCGAUACAAAGCAAAGUUGUUGCUAUCCAACAACCGGAAAACCCAAGACAGAUUUCAGCAUCCACGGGCUUUGGCCUAAUUACAAUGAUGGUUCGUACCCCUCCAACUGCGAUCCCGACAGUCCUUUCGAUCGAUCCGAGAUUUCAGAUCUAAUCAGCAGGAUGCAAACAAGUUGGCCCUCACUGGCCUGCCCAAGCAGCGAUGGUACAGGGUUUUGGUCACACGAAUGGGAGAAACAUGGGACUUGCUCCGAGUCUGUCCUUGAUCAGCAUCGAUACUUUGAAGCAGCUCUAAACCUAAAAAAGAACGUAGACCUCCUCCAAAUACUUGAAAGUGAAGGAAUCCAACCAGAUGGGAGAUCUUACAGCUUAAGCAGCAUAAGCGAAGCAAUAAGAGGAGCAACUGGGUAUGCUCCAGGCAUAGAAUGCGAAGUUGGAACAUCGGAUAACAGCCAGCUAUACCAGAUAUAUGUUUGUGUAGACACUUCUGGGUCGAAUUUCAUCAAAUGUCCGGUGCUCCCAAGUGGGGGAUGUGCCUCCAACGUUGAGUUCCCUUCCUUCUAGAGAGUACUGGCCGUUGGGAUAUAUUUGUCACUUUCUCAAUUA